AUGGGCCAGACGUUCGAGUUCUUCUUCGGGGUCGUGAUCGGCACCAACGCUCUCGUGAGCGGCGUGGAAGUCCAGUAUCGGAGCAGCCACCUCGGCGAGGAACUCCCGGCCGUCUUCAUGAUUGUGCGCCACGCAUACACCUUUCUCUUCCUGGUGGAGCUGAUGGCGCGCGUAUGCAAGCUCGGCCUCGCGAACUUCUACCUUCGGGGAGAGGUAUUCUGGGCGUGGACGGACACGCUGGUGGUGCUCAUGGGACUGCUCGAGAUGGCAAUGGACCUGGUUUCUAUUGCUGCUGACCGGGAUGAGGAGCUGCCGGGGGCCGCGGUGUUCCGGAACGUGCGGCUCGCCCGGUUGGUCCGGCUCACGCGCGCCUUCCGCCUGCACCGUCUCAUCCGCUUCAUCGCGGCGCUCCGCACGCUGGUGUAUUCGAUCUUGGCGACAAUGAAGUCGUUGUUGUGGGCCAUGGUGCUAAUUCUGAUGAUCAUCUACGUGUUCGGCCUCGCGUUCACAGGAGAGGCGUUGUACUUCGUCGAGAUGUCGGAUGGCCUCGGCCAGGUCGAAGAGGAUAAGCUGCUAGGAGAAUGGGGGUCUUUGGACGUGAGCAUGUACACGCUCUUCCAGGCGAUCUCUGGCGGCGUUAGCUGGAGGGAACCGGCAACCCCAUUGGAGGGCAUCUCGAUUCUCCCGGUUUCCCUCUUCACAACGUACAUCGCGUUCGUGUACUUCGCCGUUUUGAACGUUGUCACUGGUGUGUUCUGCAGUUCGGCCGUAGAGACAACCCAGCGAAAUCCAGACCUGGUCGCCAAGUCUAUCAUCGACAACAGGCGAGCUUGCGCGGAAAAGCUGCAGCAGCUCUUCGGGGCCAUCGACGACGACGACUCGGGUCUGAUAACCAUGGACGAGCUCGAACUGAUCGCCGAUGACGACCUGAUGAAGGCCUACUUCCAGGCCCUCCAGAUCGACUUCCGCGACGCGGCCACGCUGUUCAAGCUUAUAGAUGCCACGAACGACGGGGCCAUCAAACUGGACGACUUCCUGAGGGGAUGCGAGAAACUGAAGGGCCAGGCUACCAGCAUGGAGAUGGCCGAGAUCAGCUACGACCUCAGGCGGCUGGACAAUCAGGUGGCCACUUUGGUGUUAGCGCUGGAGAAGGAGGGGCGCCGCAAGGGCGAGCUGGACGACCUGGUCAGGCCGACCUUCGAGAAGCUGUGCCGUGCCAGAAGCGGCGCGCUGCCUGCUUGA